AAGUCUGAUGUAAAUAGAGAACUUGGGAAUCUUCCUUUGGAUAGAUUCUUGAACUGUCCUUCGAGUCUUGAAGUCGAUAGACGAAUCAGCAACGCGCUCGCUAGUGGUGGUGAUUUUGAUGAGAACGAAGAAGAAAUGGAGCGUACAAUCAGUGUUAUCUUGGGAAGAUGCAAAGCUAUUUCUACAGAGAGUAGCAAUAAAAAGAAGAAGAGUAAGAGAGAUUUGAUCAAAACCUCUGUUUUUUAUCUUUUCAAGAAGAUGUUUGUAUGUUCAGAGGGGUUAUCUCCUCUUCCCAACCCUAGCUUGAGAGACACGUUUCAAGAAUCAAGAAUGGAAAAGUUACUGAGGGUGAUGCUACAGAAGAAGAUUAAUGCUCAAGCUUCCUCGAAGCAAACAUCAACAAAGAGAUACGUGGAAGAUAAGCAACAGCUUUCACUAAAGAACGAGGAAGAAGAAGGAAGAAGUGGUGAUGGGAGCAAAUGGGUUAAAACAGAUUCUGAUU